AGUGAAUAUAAAGGGAAUUACUGGCAAGAAAGCUGUAGACUAACUUACCACCGAACCCAUUGCUUUUCCAAGAUCAGAAAUAUAUUACACUAAGAGGAACCACUCUUCAUUCAGAUAAGAAUUCAAGAAGUUGACUUCUACAACAGGGAAUCUGAAAAAUGACAGGGGCGAAGAGGAAAAAGAAAAGCAUGCUCUGGAGCAAGAUGCAUCCCCCACAUUAUGAGGACAUUAAACGGUGGUGCAGAAGGCGGCUACCUAUUUUGGAAUGGGCACCACAUUACAAUCUGAAAGAAAACCUGCUUCCAGACACCGUGUCUGGGAUAAUGUUGGCAGUUCAACAGGUGACACAAGGGUUGGCCUUUGCUAUUCUCUCAUCUGUGCACCCAGUAUUUGGUUUAUAUGGGUCUCUGUUUCCUGCCAUCAUUUAUGCCAUAUUUGGAAUGGGACGACAUGUUGCCACAGGCACCUUUGCCUUGACAUCCUUAAUAUCAGCCAAUGCUGUGGAACGGCUAGUCCCUCAAAGCAGCCAGAACCUCACCAUGCAGAGCAACUCCAGUGUGCUGGGCUUAUCUGACUUUGAGGUCCAAAGGAUUGGAGUUGCUGCAGCCGUUUCCUUCUUGGGAGGUGUGAUUCAGGUGGCCAUGUUUGUGUUACAGCUGGGUAGUGUCACAUUCCUGCUUACGGAGCCAGUGAUCAGUGCGAUGACAACUGGGGCUGCCACCCAUGUCGUGACUUCGCAAGUCAAGUAUCUCUUGGGAAUAAAAAUGCCAUAUAUAUCUGGACCACUUGGAUUCUUCUAUAUUUAUGCAUAUGUCUUUGAAAAUAUCAAGUCUGUCCGACUGGAAGCACUACUCUUGUCCUUGCUGAGCAUCGUGGUUCUUGUUCUUGUUAAGGAGCUGAAUGAACAAUUUAAAAGGAAAAUUAAAGUUGUUCUUCCUGUCGAUUUAGUUUUGAUUGUUGCUGCAUCUUUUGCUUGUUAUUGUACCAAUAUGGAAAGCACAUAUGGAUUAGAAGUAGUUGGUCAUAUCCCAAAAGGAAUUCCUCCACCUAGAGUUCCUCCAAUGAACAUCCUCUCUGCAGUGAUCACUGAAGCUUUCGGAGUGGCACUUGUAGGCUAUGCGGCCUCACUGGCCCUGGCUCAAGGAUCUGCCAAAAAAUUCAAAUAUUCAGUCGAUGACAAUCAGGAAUUUUUGGCCCAUGGCCUCAGCAAUGUGAUUCCUUCAUUUUUCUUCUGCAUACCAAGCGCUGCUGCCAUGGGGAGAACUGCUGGCCUGUACAGCACAGGGGCAAAGACACAGGUGGCCUGUCUAAUAUCUUGCAUUUUCAUCCUCAUAGUCAUCUAUGCGAUUGGACCUUUGUUGUACUGGCUGCCCAUGUGUGUUCUUGCAAGCAUUAUUGUUGUGGGGCUGAAGGGAAUGCUAAUACAGUUCCGGGAUUUAAAAAAAUAUUGGAAUGUGGAUAAAAUCGAUUGGGGCAUAUGGGUCAGUACAUAUGUCUUUACGAUAUGCUUUGCUGCCAAUGUGGGACUGCUGUUUGGUGUUGUCUGUACCAUAGCUAUAGUGAUAGGACGUUUCCCAAGAGCAAAGACUUUAAGUAUAAAAAACAUGAAAGAAAUGGAAUUUAAAGUGAAGACAGAAACAGAUGAUGAAACCCUGCAGCAGGUAAAAAUUAUCUCAAUAAACAAUCCACUUGUUUUUCUGAAUGUGAAGAAAUUUCAUAUGGAUCUAAUAAACAUAAUACAAAAGGAAAAUGCCAACAACCAGCCACUUGAUGAUAUCACUAAGUGUGAACAAAACACGUUGCUCAAUUCUCUAUCCAAUGGCAACUGCAAUGAAGAAACUGCACAGUCUUGCUAUAACGACAAGUCUGCAUUAAUCCUGGAUUGCAGUGGCUUGACCUUUUUUGACUAUUCUGGAGUCUCCAUGCUUGUUGAGGUUUACAUGGACUGUAAAGAUCAGAAUGUGGAUGUAUUGUUAGCCAAUUGCACAGCUUCCUUGAUAAAAGCCAUGAAGUACUUUGGAAACUUAGACUCAGAGAAACCAGUUUUUUUUGAAUCAGUAGCUGCUGCAGUAAGUAACAUCUAUUCAAAUAAGAACUUCAGCAAACUUGGUGACCACAGUGAAGUCUGAGCCCCAUUCAUUGCAGUGCAGAUUUUAUCUCUAGCAACUUCUCUGAAGAAGCCAUGCACUGGCAUUUUGCACACUUUUUUUUAUAUUGUAUUGAUCCUGCAUGUGACCUCCACUCUUAAUAAGUUGAUGUGACUUUGUAACUGCGUAACAUUGGUCAAGAUUUGCUAAAAGUUUUUUUUUUUUCUCCUAAUCUUUGUUACUAAGGAAAUGCACUUAGUUAUUUUAUAUAAAAAUCACUCUGCAUUUAACUUUAGUGUAUGAAGGGUAAACAUGAUUUUAUUUCCUUAUAUCACAGUAUUUUGUGUGAUUUUAUUUCUAUUUUGCUGUAAGCUAAUCUUUAAAACUGAGAAACUUGGAAUACUUACAAGUCAUUUACAAGUUCAGAUCAUUUGUAACUAAUACGCAAAAACAGCCUUGCAAAUAUGUCAUUUUCCUGAACCUGUACCCACAAAAACCAUUUAAACAUCAGUAGGAGUAAAUAUUACUCUAUACAAUAAGAUAUGAAAUUCACAGAAAUAAAGUACUUGGAAACAAUUGACAAGCAAAUGACAAAUUGAAGUCAUUGAUCUCUAUAUUCUUCAAUGCAUUCACCUCUGCAGUAUUCAAGAAUGUCUUCAUAUUUGGAAGAAAACUGGUAUCCAAAUAAAAUCAAAAUCUUGACAUUAGUCUGUUUUGCCUUGAGUUUUGGAAAUGCCUAAGAUUGUCACAACAAAUGCUCCAAAUUUCACAUUUCCGCCCCACAAGCGGCUCUGUUUUCUGCCUUAGUUUUAUUGGAGUGAGGGAAUGUGGAAGCAUCAUAAUUUUUUUUCACAAAUACGAUGUUUAGAUGAGAAAAUUCCACCAGUAGGAUUGCCUUGUACUCUACCAGUGUAAGAUUAACUGUGUAGUUCUGUAUUUCAAAGAGACAGUCAAUAAAAUAUGUUUAUCUAUCCAUAUCAAAAUAGAUAGGUAGAUGGAUAGGGUUUCCAUAAUGUUUUUCUUCUUUUGUUAGAGAAGAACUUGGAUGUGAUUAUCUAUAAAUCAACCAAACCAACCAGGUAACUGGCAAAUAUUAAUUGCCAGACUAAACUGUAUAAAUUAAUGUUUUCAUGCUUGUACAUAUAUUUUCAAUUGCAUACAAGCACACAAUUUCACAUUUUUAUCUAACUGAUUUAUGUAGGAAGAAAUCUCAUUUUCAAAAAUGGGCAUAGAUAUGUAAUUAUGCUUUAGUCUUAAUGGUGUUUUAACUAUUCUAGAAACUACCAGUGUAAGAAAAAGUCAAAUACUUUACAACAAAUUUGAGAAGCAGGUUGAAAUAUAAUGAAAAGACUGGUCAUGUAGGUUCUUUCAUGGGCUUCUAUAAGAGUAAAUUCUAGCUCCUGUCAACAGAUGGGUUGUAAUCAUCUCUAACGAUGUUCAUAUGACCCCUAAUUUUAACAUAACUCUCAGGUAGAGUAACAUAAUAAAAUGAAAGAAGAACAAUAAAUGUUUUAAUUCUCAUUUGUGUCCAAGCCAUUUUAAUUUUUAAUGAAUGAUCUACAAAGAAUAGUCUUGGUACCCAAAAGAGACUCAAUUCCUUUGUUACUAGUUUUAGUUGAAAUAAACAAGGUUAACUCACAUUCCCAUCAAACAUUGUUCCAGAGAAAGGUGGAGACAGUAAUUGGAGGUAAAAUUUCUUUAUUGAAAGGAAUUUUACUCUGCUCUAGCCAAUUAAAUAAUUCCCAUGGUGGAUGGUAGUAAUAUUCACCAUUUCUAAUCCAUUGGUCACUGGCAGAUAAACAUGAGUCAAGGAAAGUCAAGAAAAGAAAAUACAUUUUACUACAUGUAAAUUGAUAUUUUGCUAUGCAACUUUGGCCUAUAAUUGAAUUCAUGCACUGGAAGCAUUUUCUAAUUUGUUAGAGAUUAUGGACCAUGGAUGACAUUAAAAUCAUUAUGCUAAUCGAUGGAUAGUUGUUCCAUCUUAUUGUUAAUGCUGACACAGUAUUGUCUGAAAAAUUGCAUUUGAAUGCAUUUCAGUGUUUAUAGUAGAAGUUUAAUGGAUAAAACUUUAAAGUCAAUAUCUUGGGAUCAAAUUCAAAGAAAAGGAAGAUGAGACCAUGAACUGCAUAAAGUCCCUUUGCUCUAUGAUUUCUCCCUCAUACCAAGUCCCCAAUGGCUGUUAACCUGUAGAAAGUUCCUUAAAUUAAGGUCCGAGAGUUUGAGAGCUGAACAUGAGUUUUAGUCACAUGAGAAUUCUAAAACUUAAAUGUCUAUUUAAAAGCAGGAACUGACAACACAAGGACUAUAAUAUGGUCCCAAUGCUAGAAUGUUUCUAGAAUUACACUGAAUUACUUUUAUGGGAUCAUCUUAUUUUUAUAUAUGAUAAACUACUUCCAUAUUACUUAUUAUGGUACAAUAAAAUUGGAAAAAAAUUAAAACUGACCUAUAAAAGUGUUAAGGACCUACUACAGUGACAUAUAUAAAUUAAGUAUAAAAUAUGUAACCAGAAAAAGACUGUUAACAUUACAUUUAUGCAAAUUAAAUGCCCUUAGAUUUUUCCAUUUGUCUUUCACUUUAAAGGUUAUUUGCCCCCAAUUAUAUAAUUCAAGUGUUAUAAGGUUUAGCUUAAACUACUUUGCAGUAAUUUAUUUGACAGAUCUCUAUUCUAUAAAUGCAUAAUGUAAUGAGAAAAGAGAUCUUUCUUUUUUAAUGAAAACAUUAAUCUGUUAAUACUCCAUAUGAACAAUGUUUGACAUUUAGUGGUACCAAAAUAUGUUGGUAUGUUAUUGAACAUAGAUAUGCCUUAGAAAUGCACAUUCUGUAUUCUGUGAAAUGAUGAUCUAAUUCAAUAUAGGACAUGCUUUUUGGCAGUGAAUUUGUCACCAGAUUUCAAAUAGGGAGUUAAGUGGUGCUUUCACAAUCCAAAGAUUUUUAGUUAAAAAUCAUGUAAGCUAAUAUGCUGCACUUAUUUUUCAUAUUUUCCAAUGCAUUUAAUUAUCUUUUUUAUAAUUCUUUGUACUAACUCAGCAUGUAACAACCAAUUUAUAUGGAAAUAAAUUGAAAUAUGAUAACUAU